AUGGUCUUCAUCGCACUCUUCCCGGGCGUUGCCCUCCUCGCCAUGUUCAUCGUUCUCAUUAUCAUGGUGAUUCUCCGGCAUGGGGAGCGCCUCUGCCAGCUUCGUCAUCACGCCCUACCGGAUGACCGGGAAAUGGGGGAGAUGGCUUAUGAGCAGCGCAUCAGUAUGGCCUAAAAGGAGCCUCCCCCCCAUCACCCAUGAAUCUCAAAUCGGUAAUCCGUCCAAUAAACAUCUUGAGCCUGAUUUUUUACUGAAUACAACUCCAUUUUUUUACAUCAUGUGUACGACGUAACAAUCCUUUUUGUAUGUCAUCAACUCUCAGUGUUCACAAGAAAAUGUAGAUUUUUUUUAAUGUAAGAAACUCCGAGCACUUUUGCUGGACUUUUUGCCCAGGAUUCCAAUGGAAUUUUGAAUAAAAAUAAAUUUCUACUUACAUUUUC